AUGGGAGAGGAGAGCAACAAGGCGGAGAAGGAGACGAUGGAGCGGGCGUUUAAUCAGGCUGCUGGAAACUUGACGUGGCCGAUGUUGACUCGCACCAACUACCAGGGUUGGUCGUCCCAUAUCCAGUGCAAUCUCGAGGGGAUGUAUCUCUGGGAUGCGAUCGAGGAUGAAAAAGUCGAAAGACGCCGAGAUCGGCUGGCACUGGGAGCGAUGCUCCGGGGAGUGCCGCAGGAGAUGCAUUCCAUGCUCUUGAACAAGAAGACGGCGAAGGAGGAUUGGGAAGCAAUCAAGAUGGUGCGUCUUGGAGCAGAUCGCGUCAAGGAAGUUAACGCUCAAAAGGUCCUGGCCGAGUUCGAGGCGAUCGCGUUCAAGCGGGGAGAAACAAUUGAUGACUUCGCAAUCCGGAUCACCAAGCUAGUCACGGAUCUGCGCGGCCUCGGGGAGGAAACUGUGACCGAUGCACGCGUGGUGAAGAAAUUCCUUCGCGUGGUGCCGUCUCGCUACAGCCAGGUGGCAGUAGCAAUCGAGAUGUUCAAGGAUCUAAAAAACUUGACCAUCGAGGAGCUGAUCGGCCAUCUACGGGCGGCCGAGGAAAGAUUUGAGCCCUCGAUGGAGCAGGUCACGGAGAAAGCCGGAAAACUCCUGUUAACGGAGGAAGAAUGGGCUGAGAAGAACAAGAGUCGCAUGGUGUCAGAAUCAUCCACAUCUACUGCAAAGGGUGGUGGAGGCGGUGGACACUUGUUGAAGAACGAGAAGCACUGGAGGCGCAAGAACAAUGGCAGUGGUGAAGGGCAUGAGCCCGAACUUACGUCGAUGGGAACACCACGACGGAAAGGAAAAUGCCGCAAGUGCGGCGUCUAUGGGCAUUGGGGAAAGGAGUGCAAGAAAGCACCUCUGAAGGAGCGGCAGGAGGCCGCGCACCAUGCCAAUGCCGACGGAGAGAAUGGAGCACCGUCAUUGGCGGGGUUACUGUAG